AUGGGCUGCGUCAGCUCGAAGCCAAAUGUCGUAGACAGAAAUGCCCAGGUUGAAGGGAGGGGCGUAAAUCACGUCGUUGCGAACGGUAAGGCAACAUCAGCCUCCACAAAUCCUAAUAGCUUCGAAGAGCAGUACACGCUGGGUAAAGUCAUUGGCUCGGGCACUUUCUCAGUCGUGCGAAUUGCUGUACACAAGCCUACGGGACAACGCUACGCCAUUAAGUGCAUCAAACGCGAUGGACUGGUGGCGGAAGACAUUGAAGCGCUGACGACGGAAGUAGCAAUUCUUAAGCAGAUGAAUCACCCAAACAUUAUGAUCCUGCACGAUUUUUUCGUCGAAGACAAGUUUUACUAUUUGGUGACUGAAUAUAUGGAGGGUGGUGAGCUCUUUGACCGUAUUGUAGAGAAGUCGUUUUACAACGAAAGGGAAGCUCGCGAUCUUGUUAAACUGCUUCUUGAGGCUAUUAA